AUGGAUAUCGACCCUAAGGCUGACCGGCUAGUGUUUUUCUGGUCAGAUCGACGCAACCCGCACGAAGUUAUGCCGGUUUUUAGACCUAGGUGCUAUUCAUUGAACAUUUAUUUUUUCUCUUUUGUUGUCGAAGGGAUCCAGAACAUUCAACAAUUGAUACAUAAACUAGAGAAUAAUAUCACAUGUAUACAAAGAUCUCUAAAAACAACUUGCUUUUGCGUUCUGAUCGUGAUGCACUUUAUGCGUUUGCUAAGUGGACGAUUGUGCGCUAUUUUUGGAAGUGAUCUGAUUCAAGUGAACGCUAAAUAUAUCGAGAGAAACAAUAUGUAG